GGUGUUCAUCUACAUCCACGCAGCAGGCGCUGUGACAGCAAGACCGGAAGGGCUGCAUCCUCCGGUCUCCUCCCCUUCCGAUUCACUUCCGCCCACUACGCCCGCGCCCCCCACACCCGGAUCGGAAGGGUCGCGUUCUGAGCUGGUCCAGCCCCUCUGCGUUGGAACCCCGGACCCGCCAAAAUGCCGGCCUACCACUCUUCUCUCAUGGACCCUGACACCAAACUCAUUGGAAACAUGGCGCUGCUGCCCAUCAGGAGUCAGUUCAAGGGACCCGCGCCCAGAGAGACAAAAGAUACAGAUAUUGUGGACGAAGCCAUCUAUUACUUCAAGGCCAAUGUAUUCUUCAAAAAUUAUGAAAUUAAGAAUGAAGCGGACAGGACUCUAAUAUAUAUAACCCUCUACAUUUCUGAGUGUCUAAAGAAACUCCAAAAGUGCAAUUCCAAAAGCCAAGGAGAGAAAGAAAUGUAUACACUGGGAAUCACAAAUUUUCCCAUUCCUGGAGAGCCUGGUUUUCCACUAAAUGCCAUUUAUGCUAAACCUGCAAACAAACAGGAAGAUGAGGUGAUGAGAGCCUACCUGCAGCAGCUGAGGCAAGAGACUGGACUGAGACUCUGUGAAAAAGUUUUUGACCCUCAGAAUGAUAAACCCAGCAAGUGGUGGACCUGUUUCGUGAAGAGACAGUUCAUGAACAAGAGUCUGUCAGGACCCGGGCAGUGAGGAGCGCCGGGCAGCGCUUUAUGGCACCUUGUUUCGUAACGUUUUAUAAAGAAGCAGAAAGAAGCUUGUCUCCCUGAGCAGCUGUUGGCCAAGUUUGGGUACGGGAGAGGGAGGGGGGUUAUCCACGGGUGAUUCAAAAAUUUCUGCAGUAUUAAGCUGGUGCUUAAUAAUAAUGAUUAAUAAAUUUAUAAUACUA